UAGCCCAACUCGCCCUUUCCCUCUCUUUCUCUCGCUCUCUCUCUCUUCCUCUUACUGCUUCUUCUCUGCUUGAAUAAGCUUUCUACAUUCCCCAAUCUCGCCUUCCAUGGCGAUACCUCCAGUUCUUCUGAUCCUCUCUGUUCUCCUCUUCUUCCUUCUCCGCUACAUUACACAGAAGAAGAGACCGCCACCAGCAACAAAGCAUCUCCCUCCAGGAUCCAUGGGAUGGCCUUACAUAGGCGAAACAUUCCAGCUCUAUUCCAACAAUCCGAACAAUUUCUUCGCGGAGAAGCAGAGAAAGUACGGCGCUGUGUUCAAAACCCACAUACUUGGUUGUCCCUGUGUAAUGGUUUCAAGCCCUGAGGCCGCGAGAUUCGUUCUGGUGACAAAGGCGAAUCUCUUUAAACCUACUUUCCCGGCCAGUAAGGAGAGGAUGCUCGGUCCACAGGCCAUCUUCUUCCAGGGAGGGGAUUACCACGCCAGACUCCGUCGCCUCGUUCUUCGAGCUUUUAUGCCGGAAGCCAUCCGCCGAAAGAUCGCCGGCGUCGAGGAGAUUGCGGUUCGGGUGCUAUCGUCUUGCGAUGGCCGAUUCAUCAAUACUUUUCAGGAAAUGAAGACGUACGCAUUGAAUGUCGCCUUGCUUUCAAUAUUCGGAAAAGAGGAACAAUCCUGUAUUGAAGAGUUGAAGCAAUGCUACUAUAUUCUGGAGAAGGGAUACAAUUCAAUGCCAAUGAAUCUACCUGGAACACUGUUUCACAAGGCGAUGAAGGCCAGGAAACAAUUAGGAUUUCUGGUUGCAAAAAUCAUCUCAUCCAGAAGGGAUUCAGAAGCCAAAACAGAUCAAUUCGAUGCCGGCGAUCUCCUCGCCUCAUUCAUGGAAUCAAAGGAAGCUCUUUCUGAUGAUCAGAUCGCCGAUAACAUCAUCGGUGUCAUCUUCGCCGCUCGAGAUACGACGGCGAGUGUUCUUACUUGGAUUCUUAAGUAUCUUGCUGAGAAUCCAUCAAUUCUACAAGCUGUAACAGAAGAGCAGGAGGAGAUUAGGAGGAGUAAAGGGAAGAUUGAAGGAGAUGAGGAGGGUGGUUUGAAUUGGGCUGAUACAAAGAGGAUGCCUGUAACUUGCAGAGUGAUACAGGAGACUAUGAGAGUAGCCUCUAUUCUUUCAUUUACUUUCAGAGAGGCUGUGGAGGAUGUUGAGUAUGAAGGUUAUCUCAUUCCAAAGGGAUGGAAGGUGCUACCUUUGUUCAGAAACAUUCACCACAGCCCAGAAAACUUUCCUGACCCUGCAAAAUUCGAUCCCUCCAGAUUUGAGAAAAGUCCAAAGCCGAACACGUACAUGCCCUUCGGAAAUGGGACCCACGCCUGCCCUGGAAAUGAGUUGGCAAAGCUGGAAAUACUCGUCUUCCUCCACCACCUCACCACAAAAUACAAGUGGUCGAUUUCUGGAUCCAAAAGCGGAAUUCAGUUCGGACCUUUUGCUCUCCCCCUCGACGGUUUGCCCAUCAAAAUCGAUAGCUUAGCGGAAAAGAACUAAUAGGCUUCGUUUGUUCUAUAAAGCUGCUUUAAAAAGCGGUAAGAAAGCCGUCCCAAACGAAGCAAUUGACUAAUUAUUUUUAUAUACUAUUGGGUGGAGAGCAAUAUAUUUUAUUUUUUGUACA